AUGACCAAUCAGACGAUCAGGCUUGAAUCCAGCAACGAGUGGAUCAGCUGGUACAAGGCCCUAAAGGUCAAAUCAAAGAAUGAGGAUCUAUGGGCCUACAUCGACCCAACGGCAUCCAAUAAGCCCACCCUUAAGGUGGUCGCACCCGUACCCCCCGAUAUAUCGGCGGUAGGACGGCGAAGCGCUACAGCCGCCAGAGCGGCAACUACCAUAGAAGCAUCAUCUUCAUCAACACAAGAGACAGCCACGCAGGAAGUCGAUCCCCCUGUUGUCGAACCAGACGGAAACCAUACCGAAUACGAAAUACAGACUCAACAAAUACCGUAUCUUACGGAGAAAGAUCACCGAACGGUCGCCACGAUGAGGGCGACAUACGAGACAUAUCUGAAGAACUAUAAGGACUUAAAGAGGAGGACAUCUAUUAUUCAAGAUUGGGUGCUAGAUACAGUAGAUGAAGGGAUUGCGAGGCACCAUUUUUCAGAAGAUGAUACUCUAGCGGAAUGGGUUCAGUCUCUCCAUGAUGAGUUCUCCUUAACGCAAACAGAGCGGAAGCAGGAGGCUCGCCGAGCAUACAGAGAAGUCUUGGCGAAACCCAUACGCCGUAGAUACACAACCUAUAAAGGAGCGAGUGACUGGCUUAAGCGAUGGAGGACCUCAAUCAAUGAAGCCCGAGAUGUAGGCCUGCAAGAGGCUGAAGAGGCAGAUCAGUGGUUUCCUGAUCUUAUUACGGCUUUAAGGUCAACCCCACUAGAGUCGUGGGCAAACGCCUACAGUGUCACCCAAAUGAAUCAUGUUCGGUCCAACACCCUAUCCAUCGGCGUGGUAGCGGCGGAUAUUCGGCUAGCACUAGCGUCACAGCCAGAUACGCAGAGAGCUAAAGUAAGCCAUGGAGCCUUCCUAGUUGAACGAGGGGAAGAGGCUGGAGAAGACCAAGAUACCCCGAGGAAGCCCAGGCAAAAGGAGCGGAAAGGAAAGAAGCGUCCUCGCCAAGGACCCGGCGAAGAUAAGGCAGGAAGAUGUGAAGCAUGCGGACUGAGGCAUACCUUAUCAAACUGCUUUUAUGCUUUCCCUGAGAAGGCCUAUACUGGGUUCAAACCAGUACAGGCUCUCGCCGACCAGGCGCAGAGAAGGAUAGAAGAAAACAAGGAAGUCGGCUCCGCUUGGCCGAGCGCAGGCCUAACGGUAGCCGACCGUUACCCCCUGAAUGAAAGUGUAUUAUUAGAUUCAGGAGCAACUAUACAUAUAUUCAGGGACACAAAGCGAAUGAAGAACCUUAGGGCAGCAGCCCUUGGGGACUUCUUUUGGUCAGGAGUAACACAGGUCCCAAUAGAGGGAUACGGUGAAGCGCAAAUCAAACUCGAGUCAAGCGACGGCACGCCGAGAACACUGCGACUCUAUGAUGUGGCCUUGUGCACUACAUUAGCCACAAACCUAGUGUCAUUUACUAAGCUAAGAAAACGAGGAAUUUGGUGGGAUACAAGCCCAGGAAACAAUUGUCUACGGCGUUCAGAUGGAAGCAAACUCGGCGAGGUCUCGGAGAUCGGAGGGCAACAAGUGCUCGAAUAUGAGCAUUCUCCCCAAGACCCAGAACCAACACAAGCUGGACUAGCAGUAAACACGCUUCCUAUCCCUCCAAAACGGCGCACAUAUACAACGUGGACCAAGAGAAAGCCGUUAAGAGGUAACACCUUAAUAUGGCACCUAAGGUUAGGCCACCCAGGGCCGGAGGCUCUCCGAUGCCUAGCCACGUCUGCAAGAGGAGUACGGAUAAAGUCAGAGAUUCCAACAGGAAUACAGCGAAUAACCACAGUUAACUGUGACGCAUGUGGAGUGGCGAAAGCUCGCCGACUGGUACGCCGCGCUCCUCGAGAGUCGGUUCAAGUUGCAAGUCCAGGAGAUCGAAUAGCCAUAGACUUCCACCCCAUGUCACCAGGAUAUGCAGGCUAUAGUUCGGUAUGGAUGUUCACAGACAGAGCAUCAGGGUUUACCUGGGACUAUUAUGCAACCGAUCGGACAACCCCCGCCAUCCUCUCGGCGCUAAAAGGCUUCUUAAAUAUGAUGGAAGUACAGUACUCCAAGAAAGUGAAGGUGAUCGAAUGCGACAAUGAGAUCACGACGACCCAUCCACGAGUGUACGCCGAGAUAGUUCAGCAAGGAAUACGAUGUGAACCAUCUGCUCCAAACACACAGGCUCAGAAUGGUGGUGCGGAAAGAGUAGCUGCAGUUAUUAUCCAGAAAAGCAGGGCAAUGAGGGCAGGUGCAAAAAUUCCGGAAUACCUCUGGCCUGAAUCAAUAAAGGCAGCCACCUAUCUCUACAACCGUACGCCGUCGGUUCGGAAACAGCACAAGUCACCGUAUGAGAUAUUCCACUUGGAGUGCGUAGCCGAGCAGUCGGCGAAACCAGACCUAUCACACCUCAGAGCAUACGGAUGUAAAGCGUUUGCACUAACAAAGGAUGCACAACUGCAACGCAACAGAUUGCAUCGUCAAACCCCUAGAGGAUGGAUUGGAUACCUAGUAGGAUAUACAUCAAGUAAUUCCUACAGGAUCUGGAACCCGUUGAACAAGGAGGUAUUCUCAACGCGGGAUGUUACCUUCAAUGAACACCAGUGCUUCGACGGAAACACGGCGACCCUUCGAGAUGACCUACGGGCCGAAGACCUAGCGGCGAUAGAGAAACGAAUCAAGGAACUAAUCUCACUUCAGCAAACUCAGCCUAAUCCAUGGCAGAGGCAUCUGGCAAAUGAAGAACCAGAUGAAAUUACUGACGAAAAUGUAGAAUUUAUAAGCCCUGAAGCCGACAACUCGGUGAAGACAGGCGAGGAAUCGGAACCAUACACCCAGUUCAGAUUCGAGCUAUUACCAACACCCCCGGAAUCACCCCCAUCGGGUUUCUUCCAUGCAAUAGAAGAUGACCUGAAGGUGAAGAGGGGUGGUGAGCCAGUAAGUAGAACCCUCGCCGAGAUGCAAGCGAGAAAUCGUAUUCCAUUCAAUGCAGCGUUCCUGGCAGGGACGCUGCAGCACAAAAUAUAUGUGGGCACCCGACGGAAGACCCAAGGUCGCAAGAGUCAAGAGAGUCUGGCCAGCUCCGAGAACUCGCCGGAGGGAGGGAGCUUACCUCAGCCUCUAAACCAAUCCAGUGCGGGAAAGCGGGAGGCCCAAAGGGAUAGGAUAAGCUCUGCACUGGGCGAGGAAAAGGGGCCCUAUGUCGGUACACAUUGGAAGCUCCUAGAGAGGCUCCCUAGCUCACAUACUAACAUAAAGAGUCAUCCGUACCGGGAUGCAAUCCAGAAGGCAGAAGAAGCUCAUUUGGAGAGCCACAAACUCUCUCAAUCGUGGAUAGAAGUAGCCAAGACCACGGCGAAGGGUCACCGAAUACUCGGAUGUCACUGGGUGUAUGUCUACAAGUUAGAUAAACACGGAAGAUUCCUAAAAAUCAAGGCGAGAUUGGUGGUCCGGGGAGACCAACAGGCGAAGGAUGGCCGAGACACAUACGCAGCUACACUGGCCGGAAUGUCUUUCAGGGUUCUAAUGGCAAUUGCGACCAGAUUUGACUACGAGAUGCUCCAGUAUGAUGCAGUCAAUGCAUUCGUACAAUCAACAUUAGAUGAAGACAUAUACAUGGAAAUGCCGAUGGGUUACCGAAAACCCGGCGUGGUCCUCAAGCUACAAAAGGCAUUGUAUGGACUCCGAAGGUCACCUCUCUUAUGGCAAAAACACUUUGAGAAAGGUCUAUUACACACGGGAUUUCGCCGAGUACUCGGCGAGGACUGUUGUUGGGUCCAAGGCGAUAUAGUAUUUUUCUUCUAUGUGGAUGACUGCGUCCUCUGCUACCCGAAGGAACAAGAAGAAAAGGCAAAAGAUCUAAUGAAGAAGUUGCAAGAGAUAUAUCAUAUCGAAGGAGGCAAGACCCUACAAUGGUUCUUAGGCAUUGAGGUCGUAAGGGACAGACCGAACCGUCGCCUAUGGCUCUCCCAAGCUGUAUACAUCGACAAAAUGCGACGAUUACUUCCAGACCCCCUACCGAGAUACAGAGCAGUCGUCCCGAUGGCACAAGAAGAGUUAUUACCACAUACCGAAUCAUCAAGCCCAAAAAGCAUAAAUAGUUACCAACGGAAAGUAGGUACUAUUAUGUAUGCCGCGGUGAUGACUCGCCCAGACGUCGCCUUUGCAGCUAGCCGAUUAGCAAGAUUUAACCAAAACCCGGGACCACAACAUCAUGAAGCGGCAGACAGAGCACUAUGGUAUCUUACCCAAACCAAGGACUUAGCCCUUCAAUUCGGAAGUGAUGACAACUCUUUGGUUGAUGGGUUACUGGUAGCCUCAGAUGCAAGCUUCGCCGACAACUCGGUGGACCGUCGAAGCUCACAGGCCUUUGCUAUGCAACUGUUUGGAGGAGUAAUAAGCUGGCGAGCAAAUAAGCAAGAUACUGUAACCACAUCUACUACCGAGGCGGAAUUACUUGCCCUAUCACAAGCAGCCAAAGAGGCUAUCUUUGCAAGCCGGCUUAUAUCCUCAUUGCAAGUCAAUCUGGAAGAUAAGAUCCCUCGGCGAGGCCCCGCCAAGCCACCGAAGGUGACUAUCCAAUGCGAUAACUUACAAACUAUUCGACUAGUCAAGGAGGAAUUGGUCAAGCUGCGCACAAAGCUACGACAUGUACAGAUCUACAACCAUUGGCUAAGACAAGAAGUAGCAAAUGGGACAGUAGAUGUGAUAUAUACCCCAUCAACUCAGCUAAUAGCUGACGGCCUGACUAAGAACCUUACCAGUGAGAAAUUCCAAAAUUUUCUCAAGCAACUAGGGCUCGCCGAGAUCACAGCGAUUAGACGGCAGACAGAAAUCAUUUCAGAUUAG